AGCGUGAGAUAUCCAAGUGUCUCAAGAAAAUUCCUGGAAGACCAAUGCCAGCAAUUGCCAUGAGAGUAUUCUUAUUUGCUUUCUUCGUGGUAUCCUGUGAUGGACUCAGAAGGAUACCACUCCGAAAAAUGCCAUCAAUUCGUGAGACCCUGAGAGCAAUGGGAGUAAAAGUUGCUGAUGUAUUUCCACAGUUAAAAAUGAUAGGAUCUGGAGAUCCUAACAAUGGAACAGCCCCAACACUUCUUACCAACUACUUGGAUACUCAGUAUUAUGGUGAGAUCAGCAUUGGUUCUCCUUCACAAGUAUUCAAGGUUGUUUUUGACACUGGAUCAGCUAAUUUGUGGGUGCCAUCCAGUCGAUGUUCCCCAUUGUACAGUGCCUGUGCGUCUCACAAUCGAUAUGACUCAUCUAAAUCUCACACCUAUGUUGAGAAUGGAACAGGCUUCUCAAUACAGUACGAAUCUGGAGGAGUAAGAGGUUUUCUAAGCCAAGAUAUUGUUACUGUUGCAGAUAUUCCGGUCAUCCAGGUUUUUGCAGAAGCUACAGCACUACCUGCAUUUCCUUUCAUCUUCGCCCGCUUUGAUGGAGUACUAGGAAUGGGAUUCCCGGCGCAAGCGAUUGAUGACAUCAUGCCUGUUUUUGAUCGGAUUUUGUCUCAGAAAGUCCUGCAGGAAGAUGUCUUCUCGGUGUAUUACAGCCGACAAUACAAGGAUUCCCAUCUAAACCCCGGAGGACAAAUUAUCUUUGGUGGCUCUGAUCCUUCUUACUACACGGGUAGCUUUCAAUAUCUCAACCUUAAGAAACAUGGAUACUGGCAUAUUAACAUGAAAGGGGUGUCAGUUGGUGCAGAGGUCCUGUUCUGCAAAGAAGGGUGCACAGUGGCAAUAGACACAGGAGCAGCUUAUAUCACUGGCCCUGCUGGUUCAGUAUCUGUUCUGAUGAAAGCAAUAGGAGCCAUACAGCAACCUGAAGGAGAGUAUACCAUGGAGUGUGAUAAAAUCUCCCAGCUUCCUGAUAUCUCUUUUCAUAUGGGGGGGAAUGAGUAUACACUAAAAGGGCACGCAUACAUCCUGCGGCAACUGCAUUUUGGAGAAGAAGUCUGCUACGUUGCAUUCUCUGGUCUGGAUAUUCCUCCUCCAACAGGACCUCUUUGGAUUUUGGGAGCUACAUUCAUCGGACAAUAUUACACAGAAUUUGAUCGCCACAAUAAUCGUAUUGGAUUUGCUACAUCGCUCUGAAAGCACAUUAUUUUAUUUCUCUAUCAUAGCCACACAGAU